GGGCAGCUCGAGCGCAGCAGCACCGCGGCCGGAGGGACGGAGCGCGCGAUGCCCUCGGCACCCCCGACGCCCUCGGCCCCUGCCGGGCCGGCCGCGCCCUCCUGUCCCGCUCCCAGCAGCAGCGGAGGUCCCGUCGGCUCCGGAGACGUCCAGAACAAGAAGAUGAGCUACAUGGUGCAAUGUUCGCCCUGUGUGGUUUCUUUUCACAUGCGCUACCCCCGGGUUCAGCUGGCUGGCCAUGCAGGCAACUUCAGAGCCGGGGGUUUGGGCCGCAUCCUGAAGAAGCACUGCCCCGGUGAGCAGCAAUGCCUGGAGCGCCUGGUGUGCGACGUGCUGCAGCCCUACGUCCCGGCCUAUUAUGGGGUGGUGGAGCGCGAUGGGGAGACCUACAUCCAGAUGGAGGACCUGCUGUCCGGCUUUGACAAGCCCUCCAUCAUGGACUGCAAGAUGGGAGUCAGGACGUACCUCGAGGAGGAGCUGGAGAAGGCGAGGCAGCAGCCCUGUCCGCGCAAAGACCUGUACGACAAGAUGGUGGCUGUGGACCCGGCGGCUCCCACGGCGGAAGAGCAUGCACAGAGCGCCAUCCUGAAGCCCCGCUACAUGCAGUGGAGGGAGACCCUCAGCUCCACCACCACGCUGGGCUUCCGCAUCGAAGGCAUCAAGAAAGCGAACGGCACCUUCAACACCAGCUUCAAGAAGACCCGCCAGCCGGAGGAGGUGACCCAGGCCUUCUGGGACUUUGUGGACGGAGACAAGAGAGUCCUGGCCAGCUACCUGGAGCGACUGCAGGAAGUCAGGCUGGCGCUCGAACAGUCUGAGUUCUUCAAGACACACGAGGUAGUGGGCAGCUCUCUUCUCUUCGUCCACAACCAGACAGGUCUGGCGCGGGUGUGGAUGAUCGACUUUGGCAAGACGGUGCCGCUGCCUGAGAAGCAGACCUUGACUCACCGCCUGCCCUGGCAGGAAGGCAACCGCGAGGACGGCUACCUCUGGGGCCUCGACAACCUCAUCGCCAUCUGGGAGAGGAUGUUGGGGGAGUGAGCCAGGAAGAUGCAGCCGACACGUCGAGAUGGGGUCCGUCUUGGCCCCCGGGACUCUGCUGUUUAAUUUAUUCAGCCAGAUAUGCUACUGGAACCAGGGGGGAUACAGGGCCUGUGGAGGAACUGGAAGAGCACCAGGAGCCUUUCAGAAGGGGCCAGCUGGUUUCUGCACCGCUAAGUUUAGUUAUUGGCGUGGCGGAUGUGGUGGAACCCCCCCCCCCCCCCGAUUGCCGUUCUGCACGUGGUGGACAGUAAAGACUUCCAUGGGCCAAGACAGAGAGCUCACCAGGGGUGUUGGGACUGAGUUUGGGAUGUGGGGUUAUUGGGGUGCCUGGUUUAGGGUCAAGACUUUGAACCACAGUGCUGGCCGUGCCCAUUUCCCAAAUGUCGGGAGAUGCCUCGGUCAAGCGAAAUACUUGCGUUUCUCUUCAGGGUUUGGGGAGUAAAGAGAAACUUGUUCCCUCUGCUUUGACUGUUAACUUUCCUGGUGCCCAGAUAACUCUGCCAAGGCAAAAAGGAGCAGUUUGUUGCUUUUACAACCUGAUGCACCAAAGGGGUUUGAGGAGAGAACACCUUCCCCAAUCGCUGCAGAAAUAAAUAGUGGAGUUCCACUGCUUUGGCAGGGGCAGGCUGCCUAUUUUUUUGGGUGCUGAAUUUGGGUUAGUUUUGACAAGCAGAAACCAGCGGGUAGGAUCUCCCUGGGUGUGUGGGUGUGUGGUUUUUUUUAAUGGUGGUUGGGAGGGGAUUGUGGCUGUGCUUCGUCCUGCCAGAGAAGGGAGCCGCUCCUCUGUAUUUGAAUGUGUGUGUUUUUAUAUGUAUUUCUGUAUUUGUAUUUCUGUAUUUCAUGUAUGUGUUUUUAUAUGUGUUUCUGUAUUUGAAUGUAUGUGUUUUUAUACGUAAAAAAGUUUUUCUUUUUUUAAGGGACAUAAAGAAUUACAAGUGGGGGGGGGGGAAAGAUGCACAACUUGGUUUCAAAACAUUUCUUCUCAAAAUGAAUGCGCUGAGAACCAAAGAAGAGAGAGAACCAAAUGCUGGACUGGGCGAAUGGCCCAUCUGGUCCAGCACCCUGUUCUCACAGUCGCCAACCAGAUCCCCCCCCCCCGGAAAACCUGCAAGGAGGACGUGAGCACAAGAGCCUUCUCCUCUCCUGCAGCUUCUGGCAGCUGGCAUUCAGAAGCAUUGCAGCCUCUGACCUUGCGAGGCAGAACACAGCCGUAGCGUGUGUCCAUUCAUAGCCUUGAAUGUACACAGAGGCUUUGCACUCAGCGUACAUGGUCCAAUCUGUGCCUUGUUGCCACUGGCAGAAUCUUUUAUUAAAUUGUUUACCUUGCCAUACAUUAGCCUUCUCCUCCUUUCUUCCACCUUGGAACUAAAGGUGGGGUACGUGUGGUUCCCCACUUACCAGUCCCAGACCUGCUUAGCUUCAGCAAAGUGGUGGUCUCAGAUGCCUUUGGACCACCACCCUGAGACCUUGCCAGGAAGAGCAGCAGAAGCGGGCACACAAUAAUUUUUUAUUUCUUUAAAAUUGUGUCGAGGCAGACUUUCACUGCUGAAAGUUACAAGGCAGUUUAGAAGAGAAAACCAGCACAUUAUAAAGCAUAAACUAUAAAGCGUUCCAUGCUAAAGAACAGUGCCCAUAAUUUUUACUAACCAGCAGAAGACCUGCAGUGGGGGGUGGGUAUUAUUCAUUAGUCUUUAUUUUUGUUUCAUUGUGUAUUUUGUGUCCUCAUUUUGUAAGCUUUUGUUGUGAACUGCCCUAUGAUCUUCAGGUGAAAGGUGGAGGAAAAAUUUAAUAAAGGUUGGUGUGUGUUUU